GCUUUCCUAUUGGUUGGUGUAAAUCCGGAAACAAUAUGGCGGUCUCGCAUAGACAACAAAUAUCAGCCGCUCAUUUUGUUAGAGAGAUUGAGAAAAAUGACGGCUCUGUUCUAAAGGUUUAUCAGUGCAGCACAGGCGAUGUAGGCUGCGUGGUUUGGGAUGCGGCUAUUGUCCUGUCAAAAUACCUCGAAACGGAACAGUUUUGUAAUUUCCGGUCUGGUGUCAGCACGUGUUCCUCUAGCACAUGGUCCUCUAAGCACAUGAUCGAGCUUGGCGCGGGGACAGGAGUGGUGGGGAUCAUGGCCGCCUCCCUGGGAGCCAAUGUCACAGUGACAGAUCUGGAGGAUCUCCAACCUCUCCUUCAACUAAACAUACAGGAAAACCAAGAGCUACUCAGAGCAGGCUCGAUCACAGCCAAGGUACUAAAAUGGGGUGAAAAUGUGACAGACUUUUUGCCACAUCCAGAUUACAUUCUAAUGGCUGACUGCAUCUAUUAUGAACAGUCUGUGGUGCCGCUGGUGGAAACGCUGAAGCUGCUGUCUGGACCUGACACCUGCAUCAUCUGCUGUUAUGAGCAACGCACAAUGGGAGUUAAUCCUGAGGUGGAGAAGAGAUUUUUUGAGUUGCUGCUGCAAGACUUUGAGGCUGAGGAGGUGCCAGCUGAAAGACAAGACCCUGAGUUUAAUAGUCCCGACAUUCACAUUCUCCAUCUACGGCGCAGAAAUGGCUGAACGGCAUUCAGCCUGUGUAUCCAUUGGGUGCAAUAUGUGUAUCCAGACCUGCCAAGCUUUAUUUUGUUCAACAUCACUGCUGUGUGUUAUCACUCAAAAAUACUUUGAGCAAAAAUUUAGGCAUACGACAAGUAAUAAUAGUUACAUUUGUAGGUGUGAUAUUGAGGGCAAGUUUAAGUGUAAAUCCUAGCUUUAUAAUUGUAUGCCUGCAUUUCUAGUGCAGCUGUUUUAACAUUUUCAUCUGGUUAAGAAUAAACAGUAAAUGUCUUAUCUUCUAAAAUACUCUUUAAGGCACACAAGCUUGCUUGAUCAUAAUGGUUUGCAAAUAAAACACAUUUUCAGGCACUGUGGAUUUAUGCCAUUCUUUGAGUCUCUGUCUUCAGACCUUGUCUCCUGACUCUGUUUAGACAGAUGGUAAAUUUUUUUUCCCUCAUCACUGUAUCCAAUCCAGUCUUUUUCCUUGAAGUCAUUAAAAUAUUUUCCAUUCCUCUUUGCUCUUGUUUCUUCUAACCGCUGUAAAAAGUAGCUGUUCUUUUCAGCCCGAAUACUGCUGUAAACCUUCAUAAUAUAUUAACCGUACUGUUUAAUAAACACUAAACGUUUUUCACA